AUGAGACUAUCUGCUUCGCCACUGCUCCUUGCCGGGCUGUUGGCACAAAGUAUCCACGCCAGGGCGAAGGAUAUCGAGGUCUGCACUCAAGUAACGAAGCAAUACGUCACUAAUGGCGACUUCGUGACUGAUUCUGACUGGACCAGCUCGGACGAUUAUACCAUCGUCACUAAGUCUGAAUCGGAAAGCGGGUAUAUCGAAAUACCUUUUACAGAGAGUUCCAUUGGCUACUCUGUGAGCACUUUCCAGCAGACCGUGUCGAGCACUCUAGUCGGGCCAUAUUACCAGAUGGACUUCUACUGGAAUGUGAUAACGGAUGACGAUGAUGUCGUUUGUGACUUGAACGUUCUUGCGCUCUUUGAUGAUGAUGAUGAUGAUGACGAUGAUAGUGAGUACGGAUUCAUCACCGAUGGCUAUCUCCGUAUCACGACAGGAGAGUCCGGAUGGACAAAUGUACUAGGACAGUGGAAGGCUACCGAGACCGAUAUCACGCUGGAGUUCAAGACCACCUGCACUGGCGGCUCGGGAACUAUCCAGGUCAAGGACAUAUCCUAUAAGGGACCCGAGAUCGUCUGUACCUCUCAGUGUGACUCUUCUGUGCUCAGAGCCUCUGGCGAGCUUCUCAAAGACGGCGAUUUUACAUCAAGUCACUUUGACGAUAUCUGGGAUGGCGACUCUUUUGGAGUUGCGGUCGACGAUGAUGCUCCGGGUGGUGGCCAAUGUAUGUAUAUUGCUAGCGAAUUCAGUUACUAUGAAUUGAACCAAACCAUUGCGGACGCUCAGGUUGGUCAGACAUACCAUGCUAGUGCGAUGUGGAGGCUGAAGUCGUCUUCGGCCGACGCGGAAAGCUACCCGACUUGUACCUUCGACAUCAGGGUCAUCAAUCUCGACGAAGAGCUCCUCCUGGAUCUGGCGCACAUGUCAUACACCCUGAAAACCGAUGACAGUGGGUGGAUGUCCAUAAAUGGCACCUGGAACGCAACAGUAUCAUCGGCAAUUGUCAACAUAUACAUGAAUUGUGACAGCGAACAGUCAGAAUACUAUCCGGAUGUGGAGAUUGCCGACGUCCACUUGCGUUUCCAGAGAGUGGUUUGUAUCGCCCCUUCAUCCUCAGCCAUCGCCAGCUCCACACCGUUGAAAACUUCGGUUAGUUCGACUCCUUUAGUCCACUUUACUACAGUCUCUCGAUCCAUUUCUGCUUCUUCUGCUCCAAACUCCACGUCUUACAGCACCCCGCUAACGACUCAUACCACCAUCCCAAUAUCGAUUCCCAAGUCGACUCAGAGCUCUUCAGUCUUCGUCUCUCCGGUCUCUUCUUCGGUGAUCACCCCCUCAGUGUCGGUCCCAGCGGCGUCGGUGUCCUCUCGAGCGGGCCCUUCGCCACCGGUUCCCUCGGCACCUGGCUCUCGAUCUCCUGGCUCUGGAUCUUCUGGCUCCUCGCCAUUGGCAGCGACAAUAUCUACGUCGGCCAAAGAUAUCACCCUUUCCGAAUAUGGUAGUCAUUCGGCCACUUCGACUGUCUUUGCCACUCAGACAAGCAUUAUCACUGCAUGCCCGUCAAAUGUGCCUAGUUGUCCGGCCACCGCCAAAACCACAUACUUGACGACCGAGACCAUCUUGGUUUCAACCAUUGUCUGCCCGGUUACUGCGGCUGAAAGAUUGCACACAACUACUGCUUUGACUGCUGACGAUGGCUCAUACAUAUCUACAAUCCUGACAGCCAGAACGGUCACUAUGACCUCGUGUGCUGCCUCAGUCCCCAACUGUCCUGCACGCUCUCAGACCACAUACACUAGUAUCCAGACUGUCGUCGCGGGUACCACUGUUGUUUUCGCUAGAGUCCUCCCCACGACGUCUAGCUCUACCACCACUGAGACCGGUCUAGAGGCUACAAAGCCUACCAUUCCUCCCUACCGGGCUGGCACUACUAUCUCGGCUGAUCACGAGCAUAUCAACACAGCAAACGCUGCGAUUUCUAUCUCGGCAGAAACGACAGGCGCCUCUUAUUCGAACAUUAUCCCCAUGGGGAGCAGUGGCUCUGAUACCGCGCCUACAGCGAUCACCGACGAACAAGUCAGCACGGCGACCUUGAACAAUGAUGCCUCGCAAUCAAACAAGGUCUCCACAGGCGGCAGUGACUCUGAUAGCGCUUCUACUGAAUCCACUGAGAGCGACAACAAUGACAGUAAAAUCCCACAAGGCGCACCUCAGACUCUCCCUGGUGGAAUGGUAACCGCUUCAUCUUCCAUUGUAGACUCUGGUGCAUACGCGAUUGCCACUGGAUCGAAUGGUGGCACUGGCACUUCGAAUGUUUCCUCUGGACCUUUUCAUACAUCUUCUAGAGUUUCGCGUGCUUCCAGCUCCCUAAAAACACCAUCCCCAUCCUCGACCCUAGCCAUGUCCGCUAGUGCUUCUAAGUAUCAUGCUUCCACGGGUGUUAAUGCUGCUCCUGAUUUGAGUGGGGCUGCUUCUGUCCAGGUUGCUCAAUUGGCAUCGCUUGGAUUUGUUAUGUGGAGCCUCGCUGCCAUGUUUUUAUAA